AUGAGAGCACUAACCGUUAGACAGAAGAUUAUUAGUGCUUCAAAAGAGUCGGAUAGUGGGAUUAAGUAUGACGCCUCUUCAGUACAAAGUUUAUUCCUGCAUGCCGUGGAAACAGGUCUUGCUGACGAAAUCAUUCGUGGAAAAAUAAGGCCACUCACUCAGAACCCAAAGGUCACAGAUGAAGACCUCAUUGGAGCUAUGAGCCUAGCCAUAUCUGCAGAAACAGAGCAAAGUAAUAAGUUCAAUCUUGCCAGCAAGGGGAAAUCUGUGAAGGUGUCCGCUAUCGAAAGUGCAGCUGAAUCAAAUACAAAGAAAGAGCUACAGAAGGACCAGCAGGUUUUAGCUACACUAAAAGCUGUGCAAGCAGAGUUGGCUACAAUGAAGGCACAAGUUAAAAACCUGCGUGAAGCAGCAAGUAACCAGAAAGCAGACCCUAUGAUGCCUAGUCAUGCUGAAAAUGGAGUGAGAACUGGAGCAAGACCACUUGGUUGCCAAGAGUGUAGGAGGAAGAGGGAGGGUGACCGAUGCCCACAUUGCUACCUCUGUGGUGGCUUGUACCAUAUUGCACGCUACUGUCAGUCAAGGUCCAGAAAUUAUCCGGGAAAUGCACCCAGGCUACCCCGCGGGACAGGGAGUAGCCUCGCCAGAAAAAGAGAAGUCCCACCAGUGUAGUGGUUGCCUGAAGUUUGAUUGUCACACACAAUUAUUACAGUGUUCAGGGUGCCAGUCUGUUCGGUAUUGUUCUGUUGGUUGUCAGAAGGCCCAUUGGCCAAAACACAAAGUGUUGUGCAAAGCAAUCAAGCAACUCUCUGAGAGAGGAUCUUUUAAAGAAAAGGGAUUAGGAGAUGCCCAAGAUAGUGGUGUGUAUGCUAGCCACAUUUCACCCAGACAACAGGAGCGCAUAGGCAAACUGGUGGGAAAGAAGUGUUCAGUGAAGUGCUACCUAGACAAGAAGCCUACAGAGGCUUUAUGGGACCCAGGGGCCCAAGUAUCAAUUGUUUCAGCAGACUUUCUGAAGAGCCAACUACCAGCAGUCCAAAUAAGGGAUAUUGAACAGUUACUUUGCACAGAUGGAUCCAUAAACUUGCAAGCAGCAAAUGGAACAGAUAUUCCUUACUGUGGGUGA